UCAUCUACUAUCAAAAACCCUAGCUCUCGCAACCUCUCUAUAUACAGUUCACCAAAACCCUCUCACAAAGCUCUGUCGCAGCGUCAGACUCACAAGUGCCUCUCCCCUAGGUUGCGAUUGAAUCUCAUUGCUGCGACAAUGUCUUCCAGUGAGCUUGCUUGCACGUACGCUUCUUUGAUCCUCCAUGACGAUGGAAUCGCAAUCACUGCGGAUAAGAUUGCGACAUUGGUGAAAUCAGCAGGGGUCACUGUUGAGUCAUACUGGCCCAGUCUUUUUGCAAAGCUUUCAGAGAAGAGGAGCAUUGAGGAUCUUGUUCUGAAUGCUGCUAGUGGUGGUGGUGGUGGUUGUGCUGCUCCUGUAGCUGUGGCUGCUGCAGCUGGUGGGGCUGCUGCUGCUGCUGCUGCCGCUCCUAAAGUUGAGGAAAAGGAAGAGGCAAAGGAAGAGAGUGACGAUGACAUGGGAUUUAGUUUGUUUGAUUAGGUUCUUUUCUUUUCAUUGUUAGGCAGUUUAGGACACAAGGUCUUGAAUUUUGGUCCUCUUUGAUAAAUUUUCUUCAAUUGACGCAUGUUGACAUGACUAUUAAAUCCAUUUUAUGGAGUUUUUUGAUUCAUAUUUAACUGGAAUUUUAUGAAUU